GACCCGGGCGUGGAAGGCGCUAAAGUUGCGCGGCCCUCGGCGCGCUGUUGGGGGCGCCCUCCGCGGCGGGCAGCGCGCCAGGGACCGGCCUCCGCAGCUCUGGGCGCGAGAGGCUACACUUUCCCUUCGCCCCCCGCCCUCGUUUCCUCCCGCGCGGCCGCAGCGGAGAUUUCCUCUCGGGGAAACCACGCGGACUCUUCCCGGGGCUCCUCGCCCCGCCCCAGUUCUCCGCCCCCUCCUCUUUGCUGGGGAGCCGGUGCUAGCCCGCGGCGGGGAGGAAGCUCUGGCAGCCUGGGCCAGGAGGUGGCAGGGGGCCGCGGAGCCGCUGGCUACCAACUCGCCCUGCCAUGUGACGCCGCCCUCCGCCCAGCGACCCCCCGCGCGCCCCGGGCCCGCGCCCGCGCUCUGUCGCGCCGCGCACCAUGCUCCUGCCGGGACACGCGCGCCCACCGCCAGCGCCCCAGCCAGCACAGCAUCCCGGCCUCCGCAGGCAGGCAGAGCCUCCCGGGCAGCUCCUGCGACUCUUCUACUGCACCGUCCUGGUUUGCUCCAAAGAGAUCGCAGCGCUCACGGACUUCUCCGGUAAGAAGCGACCUCCCUCGCUGUGCACCCCCGGCGCCGCGGGGCGCCCAGGUUACCUAACCAAACUCCUGCAAAACCACACCGCCUAUGCCUGUGAUGGGGACCAUCUGGAUCUGCACUGCCCUCGGCAUUCGACGAUAAGUGUCCAGUCGGCAUUUUAUGGGCAAGAUUACCAAACAUGUAGCGCGCAGCAACCUGCCUCCCAGAGAGAAGACAGCUUAACCUGCGUGGCGCCCACCACACUGCAGAAGGUGCUGGACGAAUGCCAGAACCAGCGGACCUGCCACCUCCUGGUCAAUAGCCGUGUUUUUGGACCUGACCUUUGUCCAGGAAGCAGUAAAUACCUCCUGGUCUCCUUUAAAUGCCAACCUAAAUUAAAAAACAAAACUGUGUGUGAAGACCACGAGCUGAAACUGCACUGCCACGAGUCCAAGUUUCUCAACAUCUACUCAGCGACCUAUGGCAGGAAGACCCAGGAGAGGGACGUCUGCUCCUCGGAAGCCACGUGGCUCCCCCCCUUUGAUUGCUUGUCUUACUCGGCUUUGCAAGUAUUAUCCAGGAGGUGUUAUGGGAAGCAGAGAUGCAAAAUUCUCGUCAACAAUCACCAUUUCGGAAGCCCCUGUCUUCCGGGAGUGAAGAAAUACCUCACCGUCGCCUACGCAUGUGUUCCCAAGAAUAUACUCACAGCGAUCGAUCCAUCCAUUGCUAAUCUAAAACCUUCUGUGAAACAGAAAGACGGUGACUAUGGUAUAAACUUUGACCCAAGGAAACCAAGAGUUCUGAGGAAAGAUGGAGCUAUUGUCAGCCACUCCCUGGCAGCAUUUGCUUACCUUCGAGCCCACCCGGAAAGAGCUGCCCUGCUGUUCGUGUCCAGUGUUUGCAUCGGUCUUGCACUCACACUGUGUGCCUUGGUCAUCAGAGUGUCCUGCACCAAGGACUUCCGGGAGCUGCAGCUGGCGAGGGAGCACCUGGUGCCAGGAAGCGACAAAGCCGAGGAGGACAGCCAGGAUGAGGAGGGGGAGGAGGACUCCUCCGACUCCGAUUUUCCAGGGGAACUGUCGGGGUUUCGUAGGACUACAUAUCCUGUCUACAGUUCCAUAGAGGCUGCAGAGCUGGCAGAAAGGAUUGAGCGCAGGGAGCAAAUCAUCCAGGAAAUAUGGAUGAACAGUGGUUUGGACACUUCACUCCCAAGAAACAUGAGCCAGUUCUACUGAAAACCAGAUGCAUCUUGAUAUGAUCACACUUUCUGAAGAGGGAAGGGUUGAGAAGGCCCCUCCAGUUCUGUUUCACUCGUACCUUCUAUGAAGGAGAACUUGUCAUGUCAUCCAAUACUGAGGAAGCCAGAAAGUUCUUAAAGGGACAUUUCAAACUGUUUACAGCACAUUUCAAAAUAAAUAUGGAGGGAAGAAGUCUUGGUUUUCUGUAUUUAUUUAAAUUCAUGUCUAUAUGCUAACAGAACUAGAGUUCACAUUUAUUGAGCACUUAUAAUGCCAGGCACUGUUCUAGCUGCUUUUCAUGUAUUAAGUCAUUUAAUGCUCACGACAACUUCGGGAGAUGGUACUGUCAUUAUCGUUUUACAGAUGGGUAAACAGAAGAUCCCUAUCUAUCCAUAAAAGAAUUAUACUAAUAUUCACAAUGGCAAGCGUGAGUUCAGUCACUCCACGUUCACUGGUGGUAGACUUUAAUCACUAACAUAAUUUGUUUAGAGAAGGGAUUGGCAAAGUUUGUUUUCUUUUUAAGGG